CCGCGGCUUCCCAUAUCGCGGCGCGACCAUUUGCAUGAUGCCUGACGAGAGUGUGAUGCCUGACGGAAGGGGUAUGUCUGAUUCCGACGAUGAAGCGCUUAUAAGCGAGCCCUCCACGGUGCUGUGAUGCCCUUUCCCUUCCGCUCUUUUCAACUUGUAGUGCGAUGGCUGAAGGCGCGCCGAGUACACCGGUGACUCCCGCUGUCACGGCACAAACUUUUGAACCUUUCAAUGGGCCAUUCCUUGUCGCGGUCGACCUUGCCUGGCUUCUGUAUGGUUGUUACCUUGCCCAGCUUAGCUCGUACUACACCAACUACUCGGAGAAGGACCACUGGCUAAAGUACCUAGUCUUUGCCGUCACGAUAACGGGUGGCCUUCAUGUUGGACUUGGCACGGGCGCGCAGUACGGCGUUCUCGUGGAAGGCUGGGGCUUGCCAGAAGUCUGGCAGUCCACACCAUGGGAGGCGUCAAUGCUGCCUUUUACGACCGGUCUCAACGCCUUCCUUGUGCAGUUGUUCUUCGCGGGCCGCAUCGCGCUCAUCGAACGCAGCAUCGUCGGAAGGGGUCUCGCUGUCUUUGUGGGCCUUGUCGCCAUUCUUGCUUUCGGAGGCGCGCUGGCCCUUUUGAUUGUGUUCUUGCGCGCGGGGUCGAACGCGCUGAAGAUCACAAAUUUGCUGCUCGUCACAAGGCUAUGGACGAUAUCGAGUGUCGUCUGCGACGUUCUUAUCGCAGGCAUCAUGAUCUCGCUGCUUGCGCUGAGCCACAGGCACUCGCAUUUCCGGUCGACGAAGCAGCUCAUCCGCCGCCUCAUCGUGCAGUCUAUCGAAACCGGCACGGUGACGGCGAUAGUUAUGUGCUUGAUGCUCAUCUGCUACGAGACGAUGAACGCGGAGAACUCAACUUACCUCAUCUGGGAAUACUCCAUAGCGCCUCUCUACGGCAACGUCAUGCUCUUCGUGCUCAACGCGAGAUCGCGUCUACGGCCUGGCGAGGUCUUUACCACCUCGAACGACUUUACCCUUCAUUCAGCCGUUAACUUCGCCUCCACGACAAGCGGCACGAGCAGCGGAGACGAUCGUCACGCCGUCAAGGUUCGGAAGGAUAUUGCCAUUCGCUUCGACGAGACGGAGUCAGCCACGAAGGACGAUGCCGUCAGGCAGUCGUUGUCGACCGGGCGCUGAGCGCUCGACCGUGUUGUACAGCUUACGCAACUGGUUUAUAGCUCAUGUUUGUACUUACGCCUGAUGAAAAGGUCGCACGACCAGCUUCAUUUGGCGAUUUACUCGCCUGAGUAGAGGUGA